AUGGACCAAAAGACGCCGCCAAAUGCUGCCAACGCUUAUGGAGUUUUGUAUGAGCGUGAACGAGCCGAAUUAGAAGGCUGUCUUCAAAACAUUGAGCUUUUCACCAAAUACAUCACCGACUACCAAUGUCUUCGAGAUAGACUGACAACUCUUGCCGACAAGACCAGUCAUGAAAUAAUGGUCCCCAUUGCCGGUUCAAAGAUGGCCUUUAUGCCUGGGUACAUCCACCACACUAAUGAAGUACUAGUUCUACUAGGAGAAAACUACUUUGCAGAGAAAUCAACAAAAGAAGCCACAGAAUUUGUGGAUAGAAGAAUAAAAUUUUGCAAAGAGAAAAUUCAGGAGCUAGAGACGCAGAAAAGGAUGCUCGAAAAUUGGCUCAACGUGACCGAAGAUGUGAAAGCGACAGCGGAGAGCGGUCUAGUAGACAUCAACGAGGUGUGGACCGAAGAGGAGCUAAAGCAGUGGAAGGUAAAGCACCGGCAACGAGUGCAAGAACAUCGCAAAGAGUCUGCCCGCCAGGGUGCACACAUUGAUAUUGAUCAAGUAUUGGCCAAGCAUGAACGAAAUGAAGCCAAGGCUGGCGAAGUAGUGGAAGCCAUUUCGCAAGGCGGCGACGCGCGGCAAAAACCGCCGCCGCAGCCAAGUCCGACAGCUGUGGCUGCCGAGCAACAGUUAGCUGGCCUGAGUAUCUCGGAGAGAGCAGAGCCCGCGAAAGCCGUCUCCGCGCCACUGUCAUCGGCGGGCAUUCCCAGUGCAUUGCCUUCUCUCGUCAGUGGUACCCCCUCAUCAGCACAGUCCCUUCCACAGAGACCCCUCUCCAAAUUCAAGGCCAGUCGGAUGGCAAAUAAAGAGUAA